CAGUGCGAACCAUCCCGUCACAGAGCAGAGGUGAAGUUAUGGCCCAGGUAAAGGUAGCAGGGGACGCGGCAGCGAGGGGCCACCAGGUCUGUGCAGAGGUUUACUCUGAUAUGGCGACUGUCAGCUCCAGUGCAGAUAUAGGAGAGUCUGUGAGGAAGGGGUCAUUGUGUGAGACCUCCAUGGCUGCUGGUCUCAGCCGCCGGAGCAGGGCGUACCCCUCCGCUGCCAGGAGACGCCACCGCACCACCUUCAGCCACAAGCAGCUGGAACAGCUGGAGGUGGCCUUUGGACAAAACCAGUAUCCUGACAUCUACUACAGAGAGGAGCUGUCCCGCAUCACCAAACUCAACGAGGCUCGCAUACAGGUGUGGUUUCAGAACCGAAGAGCCAAACAGCGGAAGCAGGAGCGGGCCUCUCAGAAGCUGCUCCCUGUGGGUGUGAUGCCGGGCCACAGGGCUCUGCUGGGAGGCGUGCACGUGCAGCCGUCCAGCUUGGCUCGACAGUACUACACCCAGCCCCUGGCUCACAUCCCCCGCCUCUCCCCUAUGUUGCCCUCUGGGGCGUUUGCCCGCCACCCGGGCCCGGUCAGCCAGUGCCCCUGUCCCAGUGUUGCCCCACAGCAUGCUUCUCAGCGCCAGCAUGACGACUGGUACAGCCCCCUGAGGGGCAACCUCCCCUCACCCAUGUUCUCUCUGGCCUCCAUGCAGCCCCUGGACCCCACCUCUCACUGGAGCUAAGAUGUAGCCAGGGAAACGUGUUGUGUAUUUCAAAAUAAAAUACCUUAAAUUGUUUCCUUCUGAUAUACACAUUGUUACACACAUACACAAUGAGUCUACUAUUUCACCCCUGCAUUUUACAACUUUGAUCCUUUGAGUAUGUACUGAAGUUUAUGUCAUUUAUCUUUGUUCACAUAUUAAAAAUGUUCUUAAACUGA